GCUCGCUUUUCCUCUCUCUUUGUGCACUCAACAUUGCUGGGAAAUCAUGGUGAGGCAACUUGUUUGGCAGCGGGCGACCGCCUCUCAGAGGCUGGCCCCGAAAUGUCUCUCCCCACAGCGACUGUUUGGCCGCCGUGGUCUGGCCACGGAGGCCUCCUCCGCCGCCGCUUCCUCCCGGAUGCCCCCGUACCCCAGGAUCGUGCGCAACUUGGAAGAAGUACGACGAGUCCUGGGUGCCUCUCGCACCCUCACCCUCGCAGAGAAGAUUUUGUACGCCCAUCUUGCCAACCCGGAGGAGUCCCUGUUGACGGGCACGGAGAAUGGACGCGACAUUCGUGGCAAGGCCAAUUUGAAAUUGAAGCCCGAUCGCGUUGCUAUGCAGGAUGCGUCUGCCCAGAUGGCCCUGCUGCAGUUCAUGUCGUGCGGUCUGCCUUCGACCGCCGUCCCUGCCAGUAUUCAUUGCGACCAUAUGAUUGUGGGAGAGCGCGGUGCCGAUACGGAUUUGCCCGAGUCGAUCAAGGGCAACAGCGAGGUGUUCGAUUUCCUGGAGAGUGCCGCCAAGCGGUACGGCAUUGAGUUCUGGCCUCCCGGUGCCGGUAUCAUCCACCAGAGCGUGCUUGAGAACUAUGCCGCCCCCGGAUUGAUGAUGCUGGGGACCGACAGUCACACCCCCAACGCGGGCGGUCUGGGGGCUAUUGCCAUCGGUGUCGGUGGUGCAGAUGCUGUCGAUGCGCUGGUGGAUGCGCCCUGGGAGCUGAAGGCGCCGCGCGUCUUGGGAGUGCGACUGGAGGGCAAGCUGAACGGCUGGGCCGCGCCCAAGGACAUUAUCCUGCACCUCGCCGGUAAAUUGACCGUGCGUGGUGGCACGGGUUUCGUGAUCGAGUACCACGGUCCCGGCGUGGAGACGCUGAGCUGCACGGGCAUGGCGACCAUCUGUAACAUGGGCGCCGAAGUGGGCGCGACCACGUCGGUGUUCCCCUUCUCCCCCAGCAUGGUCCCUUACCUGCAGGCAACGCACCGCGGCGACGUGGCCCAGGCGGCCUCGGCCAUCGCUGCUUCGGGCCCUCAGAACCUGCUCCGGGCGGAUACUGGCGCCGAGUACGACCAGCUGAUCACUAUCGACCUGUCGACUCUUGAGCCUCACAUCAAUGGUCCCUUCACCCCGGACCUGUCCGUGCCGCUGUCCGCCUUUGCCGACACCGUCCGCGAGAAACAGUGGCCCGAGACGUUCGGCGCCGGUCUGAUCGGCAGCUGCACGAACAGCUCCUACGAGGACAUGACCCGUGCCGAACACCUCGUCAAGCAGGCCUCCGCCGCCGGACUCCAGCCCGCAGCCGAUUUCUUUAUCACCCCCGGUAGUGAGCAGAUCCGCGCCACUUUGGACCGGGACCAGACGCUCUCGACCUUUACCAAGGCUGGUGGCACCGUGCUGGCCAAUGCCUGCGGUCCCUGCAUCGGACAGUGGAAGCGUACGGACGGUGUGUCCAAGGGCGAAGACAACGCCAUCUUCACCUCGUACAACCGCAAUUUCCCCGGCCGUAACGACGGCAACCGCCGCACCAUGAACUUCCUGGCCUCGCCGGAACUCGUCACCGCGCUCGCGUACUCCGGCAAGACCACUUUCAACCCUAUGACUGACAGCUUGAAGACGCCCUCCGGCGAGGAAUUCCGCUUCCAGCCCCCGUCCGGUCACUCCCUGCCCGGUGAAGGGUUCGCCGACGGCAACCCGUCCUUCCAACCGACCGCCGCCGUGCCCGAUGCCAGUUGCGAGGUCAUCGUCUCGCCCACCUCGGACCGCCUGGCGCUGCUCGAGCCCUUCGCCCCUUUCCCCGAGGGCGAGCUCUCGGGUCUCAAGGUCCUGUACAAGGUGCGCGGGCAGUGCACCACGGACACGAUCUCCGCCGCGGGCCCCUGGCUUAAAUACAAGGGCCACCUGCCCAAUAUCUCGGCCAACACGCUCAUCGGCGCCGUGAACGCCGCCACCGGCGAGACCAACGUUGCCUACGACGACGCCGGCAAGCAGCACGGCAUCCCCGAGCUGGCCGAGCAGUGGAAGUCGCAGGGUCUCGAAUGGCUCGUCGUCGCGGAAGAGAACUAUGGCGAGGGCAGUGCCCGCGAGCACGCCGCCCUGCAGCCCCGCUACCUCGGCGGCCGCAUCAUCGUGGCCAAGAGCUUCGCGCGCAUCCACGAAACCAACCUCAAGAAGCAGGGUGUGGUUCCCCUCACCUUCGCCAACCCGUCUGACUAUGAGCUCAUCGACGCCUGUGACUCUGUCGACACCAUCGGCUUAUACGACGUCCUGAAGGCCGGCGGCAAGGGCGAGAUCCAGCUACGCGUGCAGAAGAAGAGCACCGGCGAGACGGUGCAGAUCCCUGUGCGCCACACGCUGAGCCCGGAUCAAUGUGCAUUCGUCCUGGCGGGAAGUGCGUUGAAUCUGUUGGCACAGAAGGCAGGACAAAACUAGAACGGCGUCUCUGGGGCUUUCGUGUCGCGUGGGAGACUUGUAAAUAGAAUUUUUCAUUUGGCAUCGUGUAAUUGUAGCAAAAAGAG